CCAGGAAAGAAGAGGGCGGGGCUUGCUCCGGCCUCUGCAGUCGGUGGCUCCCGGCUCUGGCGUGGGCUGUGGCACCGGGCAAUAGAGGCGCCCCGUCCUCACCCGGCCUCCGGUGACGCGCAUCGCUAGCUCCCGAUUGGCGUGCAGCCGCGUCGCUCGCCAGUCCCUGCCCACCAGCGCCAGGGCUCCGCAGGCGGAAGAGUGUGGCCCAGGACCGAGGGGAUUUAAGACUCAGCUGUUCAUGGAAAAAUUAAUGUAUAAGUACAGAAUAAGAAGGACUAUCUAAUUAUUAAGGAAAUGGCAGGAUUCCUAGACAACUUCCGUUGGCCAGAAUGUGAGUGCAUUGACUGGAGUGAAAGAAGAAAUGCUGUUGCUUCAAUAGUUGCAGGUGUAUUGUUUUUCACAGGUUGGUGGAUAAUGAUAGAUGCUGCAGUAGUUUACCCUAAGCCAGAACAAAUGAACCAUGCAUUCCAUACCUGUGGGGUGUUUUCAACACUAGCCUUUUUCAUGAUAAAUGCUGUAUCGAAUGCACAGGUGAGAGGAGACAGUUACAGCGAUGGAUGCUUAGGAAGAACAGGUGCUCGUGUCUGGCUCUUCAUUGGCUUUAUGCUGAUGUUUGGUUCACUUAUUGCUUCAAUGUGGAUUCUUUUUGGAGCAUAUGUUACACAGAACACUAAUGUUUACCCUGGAUUAGCAGUGUUUUUCCAAAAUGCGUUGAUAUUUUUCAGUACUCUGAUCUACAAGUUUGGGAGAACAGAAGAGUUAUGGGGAUGAGAGAUCACAUAGAGCAUUGUUUGUUCCACGGUUGUUAUGUCGUACUAUGAAAAAGAAGUCUGGAACACAGACACCUUCACAUUGCUGAAAGACUCGUGUAGGUUGGAGUUUUACUCUCUGUACUGUAGGAGGUGUCAUAAUCUGAGAUAGGAGUGCAGCUCAAGUCACAUCUGUUACAAAACCUUAGUUUCAAUUAAGGCACCAUUUUCUCUGUAAUCAUGGCAAGGCUGAUCAAUAGGAUUAUUUUGUUCAGGUGUAUUUUAAAAAGCUUUUUCAUAUAGGAAGCUCAAAUACAUCCACUCCAGCAAAUUCAAGAUGUAAGUGAGCCUCUGGCUUUGCUAUGUGAAGGCAUUUCUGCAGCAAAACCCAGAUGCUGAAAGCUGAGCUCUUUCUGUGAAAGAAGGAAGAAUGAUAUGAUUUUUCUGAAACUGUGAAAGAGUACCUGUGCUGCUGCCUUAGAGUAAUCUGUACUGACAGAAAGCAUUUUAAAAGGAGACUCCUCAGGCUGCUUGAUCCCUUUUAGAAGCACAUGUUUAAAAAAGCCUGUUUACUGAUUUUCCUUCAUUUGUUAUUAGUGUUUUGCCCAAAGCUAGGAUCAUCCAUUGUUCAGGAGGAUCUACUUUUGCUCCAUAUUUACAAGAUUAAUACAAUUACUCCAGAACACACAGAGGUAAAACUACUUUUGCAAGGCCUUUGCAUGAAAUGCUGAAUCAUUUUAGUACACUGCAGAAGGACUUUUUUUAUCCUGUGUGAGAUACACUUUGCUUGACAGCUGACACGGCUAUCUCCUCUGAGCCCCAGAGAGAUGGUAGCUGAAGUAGCAUGAAGAGAAAAAAAUUAGGUACUGAGAGCUCUGCAGAAAGUCUGGGUUCAUUCACCCAUGCCUCUCAAACUCUGGAAAAAAAGCUCCACAUUCACAGGCCUACCAUAGUAGAAUGGACUACUCUGACAAGCAGAAGAAAUACACCUCAAAUAACUUCAAACAAAUACAAGCUUUAAAACAGUUACACUGAAUGUAUGCUGAAUUAUUUAAGUCAAGAACUUUGCUUAAAGUACAACUUCCUGUUUAAAUACUUGGAGGAAGAUGAACAGGACUGAAACAAUGCCAUUUAGUACACAAAUGUGUGAACUACAAGGACAAAAAAAGUUCCAGGAUGACUUUUUUCAUCCAAAUAUUGCUGAAACUACAGGGGGAAAAACACUACAAAACCAAAGAGGAACAUUCCCUUAGGUAGUUUGUAAGUCCUUGAGUCAGUCUUUGCUCCUAAAACAAUCAGUGUUUGCUUUCUUAUCAGUAACCUAGGUCCCAAGUACCUCUUCCGCCCCACACAACAGCUUUUUGCUUCAAGUGAGGAACUGUUUUCAGGCCUGAUGACUUAGAUAAGCAAACAAAAGAGGUAGUCAAGGGAUAGAGACUCUUGCUGUGGUUUCCUAACAGGAUUCUAGCAACAUUUGUAUCUCAACGAUUCAGCUAAGAGGAAUGAAGUGAGAAAAGCAACAGUUGACACUAAGUGGAUUAUUUGUAUUUAAGUCUUACACGACAGCUAAUUUCAGUCAUAUUAAAAGAUCACCAAUCUUUCACAGGAGAUAUAAAAAAUAAAUUGUCUACACAUA